UGGAAGAGAAGCUUCGGGAGGCUGUGAACUCCUAUGAGGAGGUCAGGAAAAGCUCUCACCAACUGAAGAGGAAAUGCCACAGUCUGACCUGUGACCUUGAGGAUGCCCGGAUCCUUCUGGAGAACCAGCAGAGCCGGAACCAUGAACUGGAGAAGAGGCAAAAAAAAUUUGAUAUGCAGUUAACCCAGGCUAUUGGCGAAUCGUUGUUUGAAAGGGGCCUCCGAGAGAAAUUGUCCCAGGAAAACGCGAGUGCCCAGUGGGAGCUUGGCCAACUUCAGAGCAGAUUAGAGGAAACAGAGCGGGAAAGUGUGGGUCUGAAACAGAAGCUUGAGAUGCUGAGAUGCUAUAACAUUGACCAGAGGUCCAGCCCGCUCCCCUGUGGGGUCGAGGCUGUGGCUGCUCUACAGAGACAGCUCUGGGACCUGAAGUCCAGUGCCUUGGAGCAGCAGCAAAUACAGAAUGAGCAAGAGACGACGAUUAAGAAACUGGAACAGCUCCGCGUUCGCUUUGAGAUGGAGGUCGAGAGGAUGAAGCAGACAUACCUGAAAGAUCAAGAAGACAAGGAGGAAGAAUUGGAGGACAUCCGCCAGUCCUGCCAGAAGCGGCUACGGCAAUUAGAGAUGCAGUUGGAACAGGAAAGUGAGGAGAAGAAGCUGGUUCUUCAUGAGAAACAGGAUUUGGAAAACCUCAUUGGGACACUCUGUGAACAGAUUGGCCAUCGAGACUUUGAUGUGGAAAAACGUCUCCGCCGUGACCUGAGGAGAACUCACGCUCUCCUGUCUGAUGUUCAGUUUCUCCUGACGAACAUUGAGGACUCCCAGACAAUAGUUAAUAAAGAAGAGCUGGAGAAGGUUCACAAGAAGCUAGAAGAAAGUGAGACCAAGUGUGCAGAUGCCCAGAACACUCAGAAGUUGCUGGCCCAGGACCUAGAGAACAUGCACAGUGAGCUGGAGAAUGUUACCAAGAACAAGAAUCUGGUUGAUGAGCAGCUGUUUCGGCUGCAGCUGGAGAAAACCGACCUUCUGAAACGUAUUGAUGAAGACCAGGAGGAUCUGAAUGAGCUGAUGAAGAAACAUAAAGACCUCAUUGCCCAGUCUUCCCAAGACAUUAUGCAGAUUCAGGAACUACAGCAGAGCUUGGAAGAAGCAAAGAAGGAGAAGCAAAACCUCCAGGAAAAGCUCACUAUUGCUCAGUCCCGCGUCGAACACUUGGAGAAGACUAUGGUGGAUCGCAGCAUCGUUGGUCGCCAGGAAGCUGUGAUCUGUGACCUGGAGAACAAGCUGGAGUUCCACAAAGUCCAAAUUAAGAGAUUUGAGGUGCUGGUGCUUCGCCUUCGGGACAGCGCGCUCAAGUUGGGAGAGGAGCUAGAGAAGGCCGUGUGCUCUGAGAUUGAACAGAAGGAGUCUUGCCAGUAUUACCAGAGGAGGAUGGAGGAGAUGAAAGUCGAAAUGGCAGAGUUGAGGGAGAAGGAGACAGACACCAGCCACCGGUGCCUCGAUCUGGAGAAGCGUGUAGAGGAGCUCUUGGCGGUGAGGCUGACACUACAGGCUGACCUCGAGGUAUCCAUCCGGAGAAUCGCAGAUUUACAGAUGGCCCUGGAAGAUGUAGACUCCAGUAAUAGUGAUAAUGAAAGAGAUAACCAGUCCUUUCCGGAGUCCAGCAUCAGCUCUCAGCCAAUGGAAAGUGUCAGAUCCUGGUUGAAUUUGUCCCCAAACCAGUCCAGGUCCAACAGCACAGUGAGGAGUGAGUCGCAGCAGUCAGCCACUGGCAGCGGGGUUCUGGAUCAGAGGAUGCACCGAGAAACCAGAGAUGCUGAGAAGAAGCAGCCAGCGCUGAGGACUGAGGCCCCGGGGGACUAUGAGAAACCUCUAGCGGAAAGUUUUGCCAGACAACCCAUCUCCCCUUUCACCUUCCCAGGCCCAGAUUAUAAUAAAACGAAUAAAGUAGAGAGUUCUGAGACACGGAAGAAAACAUCCAACAAAUCCAAGAGUCACUCGUCAACCACAUCCCCGACAUUAGACAAAAAACCUCCGAGUACCUCCUGGGCCCUUUCCGAAUUUCUGGAAGGAUUACGGAAAAAACAGUCGGAUAAAGAGAAGGAUGCCUUAGGAGAGGAAGACUGGCCCACUCUGCCCAUCUACCAAACCAUUGGCGCCACGUCUCUGCGCAGGUCUUUGGAGACAGCGACUCUCCCGGAAAAGGGCGCUCUGGAGACUGACCCAGACAGCCCACGAUCCGGGCUGCUGAGGUCCACCAGCCUCAAGUGUCUCUCCUGUGACAACUCGGAGUCGUUCCUUUCGUUGCCUCUUCCUUCGAAGUCCGUGUACAGGUCUUGUGAAUCCCUCUUGCAGUCGGAGAACUUGGAGAACACGUUUAACAGGAAUCUGAGCUCCUCGGUGGGAGAUAACCUGGGCAAGUUUUCCCAGUCCAGGCUGCACCUUCGGAGGCCAUGCAUUGACACCCCGCUGGAGGAAGUAGAGGACCCGGACCUGGGCAAAGAGUCUCUGGUCUUUCAGAACAGAAGGUUUUCCAACCUGCCCGAUGAGCCUUUGGAGCCUAAUUUCAGGGACUGGAAACUGCCGAGAUACGAGCAGAAAAGCAAAGUGACGUUUGAUGACUAUGUCCCAGCCAUCCGGAAAUCCAAGUCUCCCAUCAGAGCCAGCAAGGAUAGGGGAGACGGCCUGAAGUCCGGGGCUACUUUCUUUAAGAGCGAUGCUUCUUCGGAAUGUCUGUUCCCAGGAACUAGCAGCACCUUCCAGGAAGACUUAGAAUCCAAGGAGGACACGGGCCACCUGUCUGACUCUUCAUCAUCUUCCAGCUCCGCCAUGUCCUACAGAAGCGCAGACAGCAUCAAGAGCCGGCCAGGAUCCCUAAAACGAGACGAGGAGAGUGAAAGGAGAUCCCGAUAUGGAACGUGGAUGGAUGCAAAGAGGCAAGAUGAGGUGGAGAGCAUCAUGAAGAAAUAUCUCCAGAAGUAGGGAAUGGUCCAGCAUCCAGAAUCUGAAGUUCCUGGAAAGCUUCCCUGGCCCCUCAGCUUUUCAAAGAAAAAUACGCAGGCGGCCUCUGCAUCUGCUUCUGCUUGUCUGUAGGCGAUGGAUGCCACCGAAAAAUACUCCCAAAGGAUUCUGACAAACCUGAGGAUUUAUUUUGUAAGAGGUGCUGGGGUUUGAAUAGUGAUUUAUACAGAAUAAAACUAUUGUGACUUCAAAUAA